AUGGUGGUGACGAGUUGGAAUUUAUUUCUGGAUAACGACAAUGAGGAAGAAUUUAAAAGAGAAUAUAAAAGAGCAUAUAAAAACCCUUUCGAGGGUUUAUCUUUUAGCUUUACUUGCGAAGGUAGACCAGUCGGCUUUUACGCGGACGUGGAACAUGACUGCAAGAUUUUUCACGUUUGCAACGAACACGGCGAAAGAAUUCCGGUGUUCUGUCCCUACAAAACGCUGUUUGAUCAGAGACAGAGAAUGUGCACGGAUGAAGAAAUACCUUGCAAGCAAUCGGAGAAAUGGUAUUAUUUGGACAGCUCGAAUUAC